AUGGCGGCGCUGGGCGGGGAUGGGCUGCGCCUGCUGUCUGUAUCGCGGCCUGAGCGGCAGUCCGAGUCUACAGCGCUAGGCGGCCCAGGUUCCGGGCUGUGCUGCUGGGUGUCAGUGUUCUCCUGCCUCAGUCUUGCCUGCUCCUACGUGGGCAGCCUCUACGUCUGGAAGAGCGAGCUGCCCAGAGACCACCCUGCUGUCAUCAAGCGACGCUUCACCAGUGUCCUGGUAGUCUCCAGUCUCUCGCCUUUCUGCGUACUGCUCUGGAGAGAACUCACUGGCAUCCAGCCAGGCACAUCCCUUCUCACUCUGAUGGGCUUCAGGCUGGAGGGUAUUUUCCCAGCAGCUCUACUACCCCUGCUACUGACCAUGAUCCUUUUUCUGGGCCCACUGAUGCAGCUCUCUAUGGACUGCACGUGUGACCUGGCAGAUGGGCUGAAGGUUGUCUUGGCCCCCCGCUUCUGGGCCCGCUGCCUCACAGACAUGCGUUGGCUGCGGAACCAAGUGAUUGCACCCCUGACAGAGGAGCUGGUGUUCCGGGCCUGUAUGCUGCCCAUGUUAGCACCGUGCACAGGCCUGGGCCCUGCUGUGUUCACCUGCCCACUCUUCUUUGGAGUUGCUCAUUUUCACCACAUUAUUGAGCAGCUGCGUUUCAGCCAGAGCAGUGUGGGGAGCAUCUUCUUAUCUGCAGGGUGGGUGUACAGGUGUGGUCACUCGCAGCCUCCCGUCUCCAGCGUUCCAGUUCUCCUACACAGCUGUCUUCGGUGCCUACACUGCUUUCCUCUUCAUCCGCACAGGACAUCUGAUUGGGCCAGUUCUCUGCCACUCCUUCUGCAAUUACAUGGGCUUCCCUGCUGUGUGUGCAGCCCUGGAGCAUCCACAGAGGCGGCCCCUGCUGGCAGGCUAUGCCCUGGGUGUAGGACUCUUCCUGCUUCUGCUCCAGCCCCUCACGGAUCCCAAGCUCUACGGCAGCCUUCCCCUUUGUGUGCUUUUGGAGCGAGCAGGGGAUUCAGAGGCCCUCCUGUGCUCCUGACCUUCACUCAUACGUGACUAAAGUGAACUCUCAUGGGCUUCCCAGCCCCUCCCCAUCAAGGGGUACUACAGGGGAGAGGUUGGCUGAGGUCCCCGAGAUCUCAGGAAUUUUUGUAGGGGAUUGAAGCCAGAGCUAGUUGAAUCCCAGGGACCAAGAGAAAGAAGCAGACAUCCAAAGGAUGCAGUCCCUCUUGAAGGGGUGUUGAGGAGCAGCUAGGAGCGAGGGAACAAGGGGAGGUCCCAGGAGCUGUGUACUCCCUCCCUUUGGACUGCUGCUUCUCUUAACUCCUCUGCCCCACCCCUACCUGCCUCUGAAAAGCUGCUCAGGGGGUUUUAUUUGUAAAACCCCUCCCCUGAACUUCCCAGGGUUUUCUCACUGUCUUUUUGCAUCAGGACUUUAUAUUGGGAUAUUAAAGAGAUUUAACUUGGGUAACAUGGCCUCGGAUCUUUGGGAAUCCAUCUAUUUGGAGUCUUAGGAAGAAUCCCAGACAUCCUAGCUACCUCAAACACUAACCUCAGGGCAGUCAGCCCAGUAGGCAGUUCCCAGGAGUACGGGGUGAAGUGGGGGCACCUAAGGACAUGGCUUUCUCCGAGCCAUGCUCCAUGUGCUAACACAAGUGGGUCUGAGAUUGCAGGUACCAGAUGUGGGCCCAGGCACUCAUGGCCUUGACCUCAUCAAUGGAGCCUCCAGCUUGUGGAGGGUCCUCUAGAGUCUACCAACUACAUUUGAUGAGUGGAAGCAAGUCCAGAACAGGAAAGGAACCUGCUGAGUCUCCCCAGAGUCUGUACUUCUGGUUUUCUCCACCCAUAUCACAGUCAUCAUGCCUCCAGAGGAACUCAGAACAAAGGCCACAGCCCUGAGAACAAUAGAGACUCUUC